AUGCUCCGCUUGGCUCUGUUGCUCUCGUUGGUGUGGUGGGCCGCCCCGGCGGCGGCGUUUGGAGCUGGAAACAUCGCUUCCAUCUCCAAGGUGGAAGGAAAGAAUUGGCGACAUGGUGAUAUUGAGGAUGUGUUGCUCAGCCUUGCCGCUGCGCACGCCUACAACCGAGGCAAGAAGUUCAGCAAGCUCAUGAUCAAGCAGACCUACCUGGGUAACUGGUGCCGCGACUACUCUCAGGCCAUCGAUGUCGGAACGGUCAAGGCUGUUUCCGCCGAGGCCAUCCGUCUUCUGCUUUGCGUUCUUGGCUUUAUGACCUUCGGCUACGGUUCUGGCGAAUUCGAGAUCACGGCCGACAGACUCGGAUGCUACCGACCCGAGGAGCACAUCGAUAACCCCAAGGGCUAUGGCGAAGGCGUAGAUGCUCGCAACUAUGAUAGAAGACUCCGAGGCCCUAUCGAUGAAGAAACCGAGCUGGCUGUCGACGAGGAAACUGGCAUGAAGAACUACAUUGCCAAUGAACGCAUUGGCAUCAUGACUUCUGCAGACCUUCUCCGAAGACUGAUUAGUGGAUGCGUUGAGAAGGGCCGCCGCUACAAGGACAACAACAAUAAGAGAGAUUUGCAUGAGUCCCUUCGCUUGCUUGGAACAGCCCUCCACUGCCUUGAAGACUUCUACGCCCAUAGCAACUACGUGGAGCUCGCACUCAUUGAACUCGGCGAGCGUGAUGUCUUUCCCCAUGUUGGUAGCAACACCCAGAUCAGACUUCAGGGAGCUCGUGGCUCCGUCUUCCCAAUCGUUACGGGUACAUUUGGUGGUGUUGAUUUCCUCCACAGUGUGACUGGUGAAGUAUCCGACAAGUUGACUCAGAAUGAAAUCGACGAACUGGAGGGAACUCUCCAGGAAAGUGCCAAGUCCGAUACCAGCCUUCUCAAGGAUCUCCUUGACAAGAUUCCCGAUGGUAUCUUUGGUGACAAGCACGAAAGCGACAAGCUUGAGCAGCUCCAGGAGAACGCUAAUAACGCUCAGAUGGAGAACAUGAAUGUUUCUCCCCGUGAACCAGAGGAGUUCACCCGUUACAUUCAACAAGUUUACGGGCAAGUUUUGCCCGUCAUCGAGUUUCACGAUGAGAUCAUGAAGGGCAUUACUGCUGCCAUUGAGAAGAUCCCCGUGCUCCCUAAAAUCAUUGAGCAGUUGGAGGAGGAGCUUUCGCGCUUCGUCUUCUCUCUCAUUGCCCCAUUUGUUGUUCCCCUCAUCCAGAACAUCAAGAACGAGUUGGCAACUGGCUCCAACCAGAUCAUCGAGAGCAGUGAGGCUGAACAGCACGUUGUGUUCGAUAACGAUGACUCGAGCGACCCAACUCACUCGAUGCUGUCCAAGGACCAUUUUACCAACAUCCUGAAUGAAAUCGCUGGCCAAAGUGCGGCUAAGAUGAUUACUUGGGUAGUGCCCCAGAUCAUGGAGGCUAUCGACGAUGAGAGCGUUGAUGUGAACCGAUUGGUCACCCGCAUUGUCAACGGAGUUAUGCACCACCCCGCCCAGCGUGAGAUGGGCGACGACGGAGCUCAAGAGGGUCGCCAACAGAUCUUCCAGGCCGUCCAGGAAUGGUGGAGCGAGAUGGGCGAAGACCAGCGCCAGGACUACCGCCGCAAGCUGAGCCGACGUGGCGUCCAGAACGGAGAGAACCACAAGGAGGGCGUCUACGACACUGGCCAUGGCCACGGCUGCAGCGGUAAGCUCAAGAUGCAGAAGCUGUACGGCGAGCCCGAGACUAUGGAAGAUAAGAUCGCCAGUGCCGCGGCUGGAGCGAUCAUCUCAGGCGCUGCUGAAGCACUGGGCGGCGGCAACGGCGGUGGUAAGAACACCUCCGGCGGCGACCUCGGUGGCUUCCUCGGAGCACUGGGAAGUGCCUUGGGUGUUGGUGGCGAUGAUGGCGAGACGAAGAAGAAGAAGAACCGACGUGAUGAUGAGGAUGAGGAUGAAAACCAGGGCAGCAGCUACCAGCAGAGUUCGUACGGAGGACAUAACACUUCCUCGUAUGGACAAUCCGAAUCCUACAGCCAGGGAUUUAACAACAACUCUCGCCAGGAGAGCCGCUACGGUGGUGGUGGUGAGGCCGAUUCAUACAGCCAGGGCUAUGGAUCUUCCCAGCAGAGCUAUGGUCGCUCCGAGGAACGCCGUCACGAAAGUGGUGGCUAUGGUAGCGAGCAACGCCAGGGCGGUUACGGAGGUGGCUACGGUGGCUCUGAUGAGCGCCGUAACGAAGGUGGUUACGGAGGUGGCUACGGCGGCUCCGAGGAGCGCCGUCAGGAGAGCCGCUACGGUGGUGGCGAGGCCGAUACAUACAGCCAAGGCUAUGGAUCUUCCCAGCAAAGCUACGGUCGCUCCGAGGAGCGCCGUCAUGAAAGUGGUGGCUAUGGCAGCGAGCAGCGCCAGGGUGGUUACGGAGGCGGUUACGGAGGCUCUGAUGAGCGCCGCAACGAAGGUGGCUAUGGGGGUGGCUACGGCGGCUCUAGCGAGCACCGCCGACGCGAUUCCAACGACUCGGAUGAGGAGAAGAAGCAUCGACGACGCAAGUCAAAUGACUCUGACGAAGAAAGAGAGCAGCGCUACCGCCGUGAUGAUUCUGAUGACUCUGAUAAGAGAAAGCAUCAUGGACGCCGCCGCGGAUCUAACGAUGAUGAUGAUGAUAAUGAACGCCGCGGAGGCUACGGUGGUUCCUCCGGUGGUUAUGGCGGAGGAGGUUACAGGCAGGAGGGAGGCUAUGGCGGUGAUGGUGGCUAUGGAGGCGGCGGUGGUUAUGGAGGCAAUGAGAGCUACGGUGGAGGCUACCGUAACUACUGA